UACGGGAAAGAUUAUUCGCGUGCCUGUACAUCUUGGCUCUUGUUUUGGUCCCACACGUCCUAGGCUGAGGGAGGAUCCUGGAUUAUAGCGUUCACCCGGUCUACCCCGAUUUUAUUUCCGGUCUCUUUCCUAUGAGCAGUGUACGCAAGAACCGUCCCCGGGGAAAGAAAAAUAAGAACAGGACAAACCCCUUAACGGUAGUGGAUAUCCCUCUACCAGAAGUCCCGCCCUCUCUCUAGCUCUCGCCGCUUAACCCAUGUAACUGACAGUCCCGCCCUCUCUAUCGCCAAUAACGCCCAUUCAGAAUUCAUACAAGCCUGAGAUGAGAACUCCUGUGAAAGAGGUAACAGACAGUGGAUGUUGAGGUCAGUCAUGCCUGGGAAGUGGAGCACGCUGCUUCUUUGGAAUUCCCUCUGCAUCUUUAUUUUUCUGGUCGAUGGAGCAGUGUUCAUCACACAUAAUGAAGAUAUGCAGAGGGACGCUGAGGCUGUUGCGAGCCCCAUUUCUCGUCAGAAACGUAGUACAAACAAUGCAAAGAUGGUGGAGGUGCUCAGUGUCACAGUACACUGUACGGUGGCUUCUCGGUUCGCUCACACAGUCAUGACCUCCAGUGCUUUGAACAAAGCCAACUCCUCCCAGGAAAUAUUCUUCGAGGUGGACCUGCCCAAGACGGCCUUCAUCACCAACUUCACCAUGGAGAUUGAGGGUCAGGUCUAUAUUGGGAAGGUGAAUGAAAAAGAGAAGGCUAGGAAGCAGUAUGACAAAGCAGUGUCUAAAGGGCAGACGGCUGGACUGGUCAAAGCUUCUGGAAGGACGAUGGAGACGUUCUCUGUAUCCGUCAACAUUAGAGCCAAGAGCAAUGUGACCUUCAUCCUGACCUAUGAGGAGCUUCUUCAGAGGAAAUUGGGCCAGUAUGAGAUUCUGACCCGAAUUAACCCCAAACAGCUGGUCCAGAACUUUGAGAUUGUGGCUGAUAUCUAUGAGGCCCAGGGCAUUGCCUUUGUGGAGGCCGCUGGAACCUUCCUUUCCAAUGAACUCCUCCCACUGGUGGAAAAAACGGUCACAGACAAUAAGGCACACAUCUCCUUCUCGCCCACGCUGGAUCAGCAGAGGAAGUGUCCAGAGUGUGAUGGGUCUCUGAUCAAUGGGGAUUUCAUCAUCAAGUAUGACGUGAAACGAGCGUCCAGCCUCGGAGACAUUCAGAUCGUGAAAGGAUACUUUGUGCAUUUCUUUGCUCCACCGGAUCUUCCUCGCAUCCCAAAGAAUGUGGUGUUUGUCAUCGACAGGAGUGGGUCAAUGUCAGGCACCAAGAUGAAACAGACCCGAGAGGCAAUGCUGGCCAUUCUGCAAGACCUGCACCAUGAAGACCAUUUCGGCCUCAUCCAAUUUGACCACACCAUUCUCCAGUGGAAGAAUUCUCUUAUGAAGGCCACGAGAGAAAAUGUGACCAACGCAAUGGAGUAUGUCAAGAGAAUCAGGGAUAGCGGAAGUACGAAUAUCAACGGCGCCGUGUUGAGAGCAGUGGACAUGUUGAAGCGGGAAAAGGGAGGCACACAGACAAGUGUGGACAUGAUUAUCUUACUGACUGACGGAAUGCCCAAUUCAGGGGAGAGCUCCCUCCCAAAGAUCCAGAAGAACGUGCUCAACGCCAUCGGUGGUAACAUGUCUCUGUUCUGCCUGGGCUUUGGGAACAACGUGGAUUACUCCUUCCUGGAUGUGAUGGCCAAACAAAAUAAGGGACUGGCACGCAGGAUCUAUGAAGCCUCGGAUGCAACCCUUCAGCUGCAGGGUUUCUUUGAGGAGGUGGCCACCCCUCUGCUCUCUGAGGUGGACCUGCGUUACCCUGACAACGCGGUGGAGUCCUUAACCCCUCAUCACUUCAGUCAGCUGUUCAAUGGCUCAGAGAUUGUGGUGGCCGGGCGGCUGUCUGACAAUGACAUGGACAACUUCCUGGUGGAAGUGCAGGCUGAUGGACAUGGGAAUGACUUCCAGGUGCAGGGGAAAGCCAGGGUGGCUGAGUGGGACCAGAUCUAUCCAGAGCAGGAGUACAUUUUCGGGAACUUCAGUGAGCGCCUGUGGGCUUACCUCACCCUCCAACAGCUACUGGUCGCAAGUGAGCUGGGUUCACCGGAGGAGAAGAGCAACGCCACGGCCAAAGCCCUGGAGAUGUCCCUGAAGUACAGCUUCGUCACGCCCCUCACCUCCAUGGUGGUCACCAAGCCAGAGACCGAGGAUGGUCCCAGCGGGCCCCUUAUAGCAGACAAGCUGACUGAGGGAGAGCGACGUUUUGUGGAGAAGGACGGUAUGAAUUUGACUGACCAUUCACUGGUUUGACAACUUGUUAUAUCUUGGCUGUGUUUCUAUGUAUAUAUUUAUAUCUCUAUUUCUAAAUUUGUGACUAGUCAGGGCACAAGCAGCCCCGAAAAGGAAAACCCAAAGCGGUGAGAAGCUCUCCUCACUCACACUCUCCUCACUCACUGUCAACAUAUCCACAUACUGCACACUCUCUACACUCACCACACUUC